CAGACGCACGCACGAGGUCUGUAGCUGUUUCAAAACUGUUUACAAUGUCCACAUGCAAUGUUUCACGUUCAUUCAGCAGCUCUAAUGGAAAUUUCAGUCAUUUGACAACAACUUGGUCUCACACAAGGAGAGAGAGGAAACACGCCCUCGAUGGUCAGAUUGACUGAACUCGGGGCAGAUUGGAGAGAUCCUGGACCAGAUCAGUGUGUCAGGGGGAAGAUCGGACAGAUACUCGGUCACAUCAGUGUGUCAGAGGGGCAGAUCAGGCAGAUACCGGGGCAGAUAAGGGCAGAUUACCGGACUGAUACCGGUAGGUGUGUUGCGCUGCAGUUUGGACAGACACUCCUCGCAGAUCAGUGCGACAGAUUGCACUGAUAUAACGGAUCGGUGUGUUGUGGUGCAAUUUGGCAUCGUAUGUGCCUGUAUGGUGUGAGACUGACUGACUACUCUAAGGGUCUAAUUUCACACUGAAUCAUGGCCGAUAUCUCGGCUCCGUGUCCCGUACCGGAAUCUGUGGUGGUGGUGGACCCGGAGGCGGGGAGCGGGAAUGAGAGAGACCGAGAGAUGAACAUUACCGACAGCGUGGAGGGAGAAGGUCUGUUGGAGAGCAGCAUGCGUCUAAAGCCCCACGAAGCUCAGAGUUACAGGAAGAAGGCACUAUGGGUAUCAUGGAUCUCUAUCGUGGUGACUCUCAUCCUGGCAGUGGCGGCCUUCACCGUAUCCUUCAUGCGACACAGUGCAUCAGCCUUUGGAUUUGCUUUUGAUGCCACAUUGGACGUGCUGUCAUCCGUCAUCGUGCUCUGGCGCUACAGCAACGCAGCUGCUGUGCAUUCAGCCCAUAGGGAGUACAUAGCCUGUGUGAUACUGGGGGUCAUUUUCAUCCUAUCCUCCAUGUGUAUCCUGGGCAAAGCCAUUCAUGAUCUGUCCACCAAACUCCUGCCUGAAGUGGAUGAUUUCCUCUUCAGUGUCUCUAUUGUUAGUGGGAUAUUGUGCGUCAUUCUGGCCAUUGUCAAAUUCAUGCUGGGGAGGGUGUUGACCAGCAGAGCUCUGAUCACUGAUGGUUUUAACUCCUUGGUUGGAGGCAUCAUGGGCUUCUCCAUCCUAAUCAGCGCUGAGGUAUUUCGCCACGAGCCCACUGUCUGGUUUCUGGAUGGCACCAUUGGGGUUCUGAUAGGCCUCAUCAUUCUAGCUUAUGGAAUAAAGUUGUUAAUUGACAUGGUACCACGAGUAAGACAAACCAGGAACUAUGAGCGCUUUGAGUGAGCGACUUUGAGGAGAAAUCAGCAUAUUCACCUUACAACUUCACCUCCAACACAGAAACAUAUCUUUCUUCAAAUACUCCAUACAGAUUGUGACACCACCUGCAUUUUGGCAGCAGUUACAGGACUAAUUACCAUCUCGUUAUCAUCACCAAUUUUCAAAUUCAGUCUCUCAGCACAGCACCUCAGAGAAAGGUAAAGCAAUGAUGAAGGCACAGCAAGAGAUGCUUUCUGACUUUGAUCCAGGUAACUGAAGCAAGGAACUCAAAGCCAGCAAAUCCUAGUUGCUGCUUCAAAGCCUUAGAAAUACAAAUUGUUGAUUUGUGAUUACCUCCAAUGUGGUUCAUGUAGUGAAGUACUUGUGAUUAUGAAUGUUUUUUCUCUGUCACCAUUCACCUCUUAUAUAUGAGAAUGAAUUCAUUGGACUGCUCCAUAUUAGGGAUGCGUAAAUACUGAAAACAACAGCCUAGUAUAUUGUUCUUGAUGAUCAGCCAUUAUCAGGCCUUGAUGGUGGACGAUGGAUUUUGAUGCAAUGAAGACAAUAAAAGACAAAAAUAAAUUCACAAACCAGCCCUGCUUGAUCCAAGGUGGAGCUAGCUAAUACACUUCACUGAAAAAUCCUAAACAACAUUAGUAGUGAGGCAUUCUAAGACAUGAACUUAUAUGACAUAUGUAUUUUUUCAAACCUUCUACUUAAAUUGGGAUGGAAAAUCUACAUAGAGCUGAAUAACAUAUUCCACAAUUGAUUAAUGGCCUCAUGUCCUCGUAAUCUGCCAGAAAAAUGGUAUCAACGCAUCCCUAUUGUGGAUAAUCCCACCACACAGAUCCUAUGUUGUAAUUCAUAUUAUUUGAUUAAUUUGAUUUAGCUUUAUCUAACCUUUCCCUUAAACAAAGCCAUAACAACAGAAACUCUAGAUAGCUUCCCAAAAUCCAUCCAGGCUCCUUAUUCCUAAUAUGAGGAUAAAGGGACCAAUAUGUUCGGCAUAAAUCCUGAGUUAUAGUUUUGGUCAUUUAAGACCCCAUAACCCAAGGAAGUGGGAUUUAUAACAGCAUUGCUAGCUCUAGCACUGCUCUAGCACAUGCUUUGUGUUGUCAAGUUGUCAGAUAACUUGCAGCAUUAUAGCAGGGAGCCAAAGUCAACAAACAAGAAGUGCAGCUCUCCUUGUGGAAUAUGAAGUACGUAUGUGUAAUUACACUUUAUUUAGCAGGACCAACUAUUUUAACCGACAAUAUACUGUGCAAAAGUCUUACGUAACAAUUUUCUCCAUAAAAUAAAACUUGCAUAAAGGGCAUAGCAGCACUAAAUUAAACCAAGUCAAUAUUUGAAGUGAUAAGACUUUGUUUUUGCACAUCACUAGUCUCAGAUACACAUUGUGUUGUUUUAUAUAGAAAUUGACUUCUAGAUUCUUCGAUCUUGGAGAAUCUGAUACAGUUCUUCUGGAGUUUUUGCCUGUCAUACUUUGCUUUUGUUUUUGCAGCUAAUCCCUGAGCAUCAGCAUUUUAUUUACAGUUUAUUACAAAUUUAUUUUAUUUACUUUAAUUUUAUUUUAUUUUAUUUUAUUUUUUUUACUUAUAUACAACUAUCUUCUGCUACAUUUAAUUUAAAUUGGAAAAGUAAUGUUAAAUGUAAAAGUUAAAUGUUAAAUGUUAAAUGUUUUUUUUUUUGACCCAAUAAUGCAGAAGUCAUAAAAUUAACAUCUAAAUCCAAAUUAAUAUUACAAAAAAUGUACAAUGCCUAAGACUUUUGCUCAGUACUGCAUAUAUAAAGUCACUGUAAUUUGCACAGUUUGUAAUUAAUAGUCUCAGAAUCCAGAUACAGAGAGCCUAAUGAAUCCACUGGUGCUGAAGAGACCAUAUUUAUUUUGUAAUAUAACUCUAACACGUCUUAAAUGAAAAGCCUGAAAAAUAAAUCGUCCAGGAACUUGAAGCGAUGUUUCUUCAGAUAUAAAUAAGUGAGGAGCUGAAUUUUGAAUAUUUAGUGGACAUGAAGCAUUUCCAGUUUAGUCACUUAUUUUUAAAUUCAGUAUGUUCAAUGACACUUUCUGCUAAGCACAAAUCUCUGAAACCUCCUACUACAAUACUGACAUUUCCUCAGAGAUAUGAACCUAAUUAAAUAGUCUGUUUUUAAUUAAUUCAUGAAACGUGGUCCAUAUAACACAAGAACUUCAUUUAAUGCUUCUAAACUGCUUUAUACACAGGUAGAAAAUAUUGGUAUUGACUAGCAUUUCAACCCUAGGUCUGAGUUAAGGUCAGUUUAAAACAGCAAAACAGUAUAGCAUCAAUAUCUGAAUUAUAACAACUGUUCUGAUUCACAGGUUUUUCUUAAUUCCACAUUGUCGUUAAAUUAAAAAAGAGCACACUGCCUAAGCAAGCACACUGUCUUACUAACGUAAUCAAGCACAUGAUUGGCCAAGUACAAGUUUAUUUCAAGCCUCAUCAUUUUUAUCUACAUUAAAGAUUGCACACAAGACACAAAUGGUUCUUAUGGAAAUCAGCAAGACUAUUAAGUUUCAUUAAACUGCAUAAGGAAUGUUAAGUUACAUGUUAAAUCAGUUAAAUGUAAACUGUUUAGCUUUGUAUAAUAUAGAUAUUGAAUUUAAUUUCACCCCUUCUAACAGCCAGGGCCAUUGAGAAUAAUCUGGAUUCCUUAUGCAAACGUAUACCCAGACCUUCCAACAAAGUCAGUAGCAACAUAUGACACAGUAUUUUCCAUUAAAAUGCCAGUGUCAUAUGUUAUAAGUCAUUUUUAUGAACAUUUCAGAUCUCAAAAUGUAUGCCUGCCCUUAUCACUGCUGCUCACUGUGCUGUUUGCAAUAAUCUGUGAAGUUUGUAGUGAUUUUUGCUCCGCUAAUGAGUUGCACUAAUGUGAAUAAGUGGUUGAAUGUGCUUGAGUCUUCAAAGUUACCUGGAUUUCCAAUAAUGCUUCAGCUCUGGGGUUGGAGCCAGUUUUCUCUCUCCCACAGUCCUCUUCCUUUGGGUCAUAUUUUCUCUCUUUUUUUCCAUGCUACAUCAAGUAGUUACUCUAACAAACCAUGUUGCAAGACACAAGCUUCUCGAGCAGCUUGUGUUUGAACCUCUGGACACUGUUUCCCACAUGCACCAGCUAUCUGCUGAGUGCCUCUGCAUUGGCCAGCUUAAGAAUGCAGGUCCAAACUCAGAUGUCCUCUUAGCUAGCUGUUUGGUAAUGCAGAUAAUGAUGCUCAACUGACCCUCAACUACAGCCAAAAUCUGGUGAGCAAAACCCAUAAAAAGCCUACCUUGUAGCCCAAUGGUCAGUAAGCUUCUCUUCUCAUCAUGUCAAGGAGUGUAAAGAUGCUAUAUCUAUAGCUGUGUCAAGGAAAUUGCUACAGGCUGACAAUGACUGCAGUGAUGAACUAUUGUCUAAAGGGAGACAUUGUCUUACCGGUGACAGUUCUAGCUAGAUCAUGAGGAGAUAUCACUGGGCCUCCUGUAUUUCUGCUGGACUUACCAGACAAAGCAAUAUGAUCAGAUGUGUGUGGUCAAAGCAUUGCUCAAAUACUAGUAUUAUAAUGGCUGUGAUAUACCCUCACUCCAAUCUACAGAUGCCAAUCCUGCUUUAAAGGAGCUUGAACCUAGUUGUAGGAUCCAAAAUAACCACCAACCCCUGCUUUAUGCAUGGCAUCAAGUGUGGCUAGCACAGUUUGUUCUGGACACCCUGCAUGCCACUAAAGAAACCCUGGACAGAAGAACAGAUGUAUUCAAAUGAUGAAUGGACCUUUGGCCACUUUUAGGUCACUGCAUUCUGCUUCUGUUUCAGUCUCCACAUGGGUGUGGCCUGUCUUACACAAGCUUUAAGCACAGAGAGUCUUGCUCUCAAGGCCCUAGCAGGCAUCUUGUUGCCCCAUCAUUUUUCUCCUGGGGUGAACCCCACAUCCUUCAUAGGCAUGAUAUCAGCCAUCCCUUCCUCAGACAAACAGCUGAAAGACACUCCCUUUUCUGUGCAGAGGCUGUGUGGUUCUCAGCUCCUACUGUGACCUACCACUUUACUAGGAGCACUAUCAUGGGCAUGAUUUAAAUAUUAUCAAGGAACAUGUCUCCAGGAACAAGAGAUGGAGGGCAUCUCUUACCACAUUUCUAAGUCCUAAUGUGUGUCCCAUGUUGGCAUAUAAUAUUCAUGUGAUUCUUAUCCAGGAUGGUGGUUCGGAGGGGUGAAAUACAACAAUAUUUACAUAUCUGCAGCUGUGGUUCUGUAAACCACCAGGGUUUCUUCAUCAUUCAGAACCUAUCAAGAACUCAACUAGAAGGUUUCAGGGAAAUUUGAGAUAUUUUUGUGUUUAUUAGAACACAAGAAGGUUCCCUAGUGUUCUCACAACCACAGUUACGCAAUCUUCUGCUUAAUAAUAUGCUUUCCAUACAACAAUAAUGCACAGUUAGUGGAUUAAUUGCUAAUCUGAUGUUACGUACAUUUUCAAAACAAUGUGAUUGUAUACACGUGUCUGUAUGUUAAUCCAGUAGACUUCGCUCAGUAAUCCAAGAUGUUAUGAUAUGAUGUAACUUGAAUUGAGUAUGAUCUGCUCACAGCUUGACAUCUCAGCUCACCUACAGCACACUGAUAUGUAGCGCCACUACUGUUGGACGACAAUCAAGGCCAGAUCGUAACGGCUGAUCGCUCACUGUAGCAAAGCUAGACUUGUUUUUAAGCAGCGUUGAAGUCAUUGGCUUAGCAGCUUAGUUGAAUUUCUUUAUAUAUAUAUAUAUAUAUAUAUAUAUAUAUAUAUAUAUAUAUUGGGUUUUUUUGGGGGGGGGAUUUCUGUCAUGACUAUUUAGUCAUCUUUGAUCAUGACCUCAGCAAUUUAUUGUGUUUAUGUUGAAAAUAUGGAUCAAAUAGGCUGCUGAUGUAAUGUACUAUAUAAUGCGCCAUCAAAAGUCAUAGUGUUUACAUCAUUGCUGCUGAUUAGCCCAACACUGAAAACUGUCAAUGUAAUCUUUUGUACUUGUAUGAUGCAUACUUUUUCUCUGGGUAUUUUUUUUGUUUUGUUGUGUUCUUAAAUCAGUAGUUAGUAGCUUGGGUGUACGCCUGACUACUGAUGUCUAGAACUGCAAUGCCUGAGUGAUUCAUUGUAUAAAUCAUAUCAUAGAUUUACUAUUAAUUUAUGACAAUAACUUAUUGAAUUCUGCUUGUGGUUGUUACUGUACUCAAGAUUUUGUUGUCUCUUUGUCUAAUACUACUCUAUUUAAAGUUAGUAAAGCUAACAUCGGCACUAAACUUGAGCACAUGUUGUACGUAGUGUAAUGUUAGCCUUGGCUGGUUAUUUAGCAAUAGUCAGUGCUUAGCUGAGCCAUUCCUGCUUUGGCUUUGCAUGGGAAUCAAAUGUCUGGUUGUACAAAUUAUACAGUGGUACUGCAGAAAAUGUGCUGUAUAUUAGAAAUCAGCUGACAUACGGUAGAUAGCUUAGUUCUGAACAAAAUUAUUUAUGGAAAUAAAAUCUGCAUUAGUAA